AUGCCAAAAACCACACCAGAGGAAAUAACUCUUAAAAAAGAAUACAUUCGCUUCUUAAAUAACCAAAUUUACAAGCUCAACCGACAGCAAAAAUAUCUUACUAAACAGCUCGCUAGAAUCCAAGCUCAAAUCAGAGAUUACGAAAAAGAGAAAAAGAAAGUGGAAAAACGAAGCAAACCGCAAGACCAACAAACUAAUUCCCAGAUGGCUUAUUUACAAAACUUAUCACAGCAAGCAAGCCCACCAGCCAAAGCAGAAGUUAGGGAAACAGUGCGAAACCGAAAUAACAGUAAAAGUCCUAAUCUCAAUACUCUUUAUUUAAUUGGUGGUUUGGUGCUGUUUGGAAUAGCAGUUUUAGUUAUUGGUUAUUGA